AUGGUGAUAUAGUGCCCAGCACUAUGACUGAGAAGAUGGUGGCAGCAAUGGUUGGCUUAAUUGGAUUAUUUAUCUUCAACUACAUUGUCAGUCAAAUUUACGCAACAUUAUCCAGCAAAAAUGCAGCUCGGGUGACAUUUCAGAAUCUCCUCUCAUCAGUGACUCUGUUUAUGGAACACCAAAAUCUCAGUUUAUCUCUUCAAAAAAGAGUCAGGGAUUACAUGAGUCUUCUGUGGUCAAGUUAUCAAGGUGAAGCAUACCCAGGUGGACCUUAUUUAAUGCAUGACUUGCCCACUGAAUUGCAGCAGAUUGUUCUCAUGAAGGAGAGAGGACAGCUUUUGUCAAAGAUUCCUUUUUUUGAGCAAGCUGGUCCAGCUUUUAUUCGGGAUAUUGCAUCAGUAUCAGUGAUGUACUUUUUUCCCAGAGGGGAAAUAAUUCAGUACAGUGACACAAUUACAAGGGAACUUUUUUGUGUUCAUCGAGGGAUAUGUCAGAUUUUAACUGAUGAUUUGUCAGAUAUUGUGGCACUAUAUGGAGAGGGGAUGUGUUUUGGAGAGGUUGGGUUUAUGUUUGGAAAACAAGCCGUCGUGACAGUGCGCGCAAAGACACACUGUGAGAUAUUAUCCAUUGAUUUCGAAAAAAUGAAACCAGUCCUUGAGCGAUACCCUGCAAUGAAAAGACAGAUUGAGAUGCUACAGAACAAAACAGACUAUUACAAUCAAAUUGUGGAUGCAGUUGAGGGAAUGAUGAGAUCAAAACACAGACCAAUAGAAGAGGAUGUAACACAAAUAAGGAGGAAAGAUGCUGCCUUUGCAUAUGAAGGUCGCAGAUAUGCUAAAAAAUCUAAGUGUUACGUAGAAGAUUUUGGAAAUUUUCCAAUUUAUGCUGGGACCGAAGAAGAAACCAUUGAAGAAAGACUCUUAAAACUCAGCAAAACAAGAAUGAUACCUAGGAAACCAAGGACAUAUCUAGAGCACAUGAAAGAGUUUUUCUUCAGAACUUUCCCUUCUUUUAUUCUAAUGAGGAAUGCCAUCUUGCCAAGCAAUACAACAUAUAUCCGAUGGGAAUUCUUCCGCAUAUGUGUAGCCAUUGCAAUAAGCACUUUUUCUUUGUUACUUUUUUCCUUUUUGCACAAGGAGCGAUGGAUGUGGAUUAUUUUGUACAAUCUUGAAGGUUUUUGUUGGAUUGAUAUUUAUAUUCGUAUGCAUGUUGCAUUCUAUAAAGACAACUGUCUUCAAGUGGAAACAUUAGAAACAGCAAAGCAUUAUUUGAAGACCAGUUUUCUUCUUGAUUUCAUCAGCUGUUUUCCAUGGGAAAUUAUUGGCCUCAUGUAUUUUAACAUAAACACUAUUGCCCUUUGGGAUACCAGACCUGAAAUACUACACAUUUUUGCAUACCUUAGAGUCCCACAUAUUUUACAGUUGUACCGGGUCCCUUUGGCAUUUUCUUUCUAUCAGUCAGAGAUUACAACAGAAAAAACAGCUGUUACAUUUUUAAAGUUUUUUCUUUAUACCGCAAUGUUUCUUCACUUCUGCACCUGCAUUGUAUUUGCAAUCGUAUGCCCCCCAGCAGACCUUACUGGUGACCCUACAAUUUAUCUUUUGCCUUUGGGAAAACACAACUGUUCUAGAUUGUCAUGGGUAAAUCACUUGGAUUACUCCUUUGAUGUUGUUUAUGAAAAUGUGACCUUUACUCAGUUGUAUGCUAUAAGCUUAUAUUAUGCAACUACAACCCUUUGUGGAAUUGGGUAUGGGGACAUUCAUCCUUAUCUAACUUCAAUGAGAAUUGCCAUGAUCUUCAUUAUGGUAGCUGGAGCCCUAUAUAUUGGUUUUUUGUCUGGUACUGUCACUUCAAUACUUGCUAAUGCAGAUGCACCAAGAGCUGCUUUCACUGACAAAGAGGACAUCAUCAAAUUAUUUCUUAAGAGUCAGAAGGUAACGGGGCAGCUGUAUGACAGCAUCCUGAGUUUUUAUACAUUCAGAUGGAUAAGGACAAAAGGAGUAAAUCAAGACGUAGUAUUUGAAUAUCUUCCAUCAUCACUGUUGGGGGAUGUAUCCACCAUUAUCUAUGCUGAUGUUAUUGCAAAGGCAUUUGGUCUGAAGGUCAAGAGAAAACAAAGACAGGAGUUAGUAACACAGCAUUUAAGUCCAUUGGAGAGGAAGUUGUCAGGAAAAUUGGGGCAACCAUUUUUUCAGGAAGUACUGAAAAAGGAGAGCGUGGAACAACUAGAAACUGAUGCUGGAUUUAUUCGAUUACUGGCUAGACAGAUUAGACCUUGUCAUUACAGAGCUGGAGAUAUUAUUUGUAAAAGGAAUGAGUAUGGAGCAGAGAUGUAUUUCAUUGACAAAGGAGAAGUUGAUGUUUUAUCUAUAGAUGAGUCAAGUGUUAUGAUUACACUAAAGGCAGGACAGCACUUUGGAGAAGGAAGCUUAUUGUUUUCAGAGCCAAGAGCAACAACAAUAAGGGCAGGAAGCAACUGUGAUCUGUUCACACUUUCAAAGACUAGCCUGGAUGAAGCUAUCAUAUACUAUCCAAAAAUUUAUAAGGAAAUUAAGAAGGCUGCUGAAAGAAAGCAGGUGGAAUUGAUUCAAAAUAGUAUUUCUAGCAAAAAGAAAAAGAUGGGUAAAGACAAAGAGUUUUCAUCAGAUGACACAGGAUAUAUUAAGUUUUACAAAGACAUAAUGGAAGAGGACCACAAAAAGAAUUAUAAUAAGCCUACAUACAGAGGAUGUUUUCUGCUAGAUAGCUUCUCCAACUUUUGGAUGCAUUUGCUGAAAUUUCACAACUCAACUAUGGACCCAGUGAACCCUAUCCGUAUAAUCUAUCAGUACACAUCUUGUUUGUUCAUUGUCAUUUUUUUUUGGUCAAUAACAUUUAUGCCUAUCACAUUUAACUUAAGUCAAAAUCUCUUCACAAUGGCCAUGGUGAUUGAAUACAUUCUACUUAUUGAGAUCCUCUUUAAGUUCCAUGUUGCUUAUUAUGAUGAAGAAGGAACAUACAUCUCUGGCUAUAAAUCUGCAUCUCGGAACUAUUUGUUUGGGAAAAUGGGUUACUUCUUUGAUAUUGUGGCCUCUUUCCCAUCAGGAUUGAUAGUGCUGAGUUUAAUUGGUACUAUACAUGCAGAAACAUAUUUUGCUUUUAUUGUAAAAAUUCGCCUCCUACAUCUGCCAAAAAUUCUUUCUGCACUGAUUUUCAUGAGAGAGGAAGAGAAAUCCAUUAGUACCAAUUUGCUUGUAAUAAGAAUCAUCAAGUAUUUGGUCCAAGGGGUUCUCUUUGUGCAUAUUACUGCUCUUAUAUGUGUGUUGUACGCAGAGAAUACUGACAGGUUCCGUGGGGAUAUAGAGGCAUCAUACUUUGUCAAAAAGUAUAUGUAUGGAGCAUACUGGACACUGGCAACGUACACAACAACUGGUUUUGGAGAUUUUCGUCCUAGAAAUUUCGGUGAAAUGUUAUUCACCAUUUUUUUAAUGAUUAUAGCGAAGAUGCAUGUAAUUUACAACAUGGGGGUCCUUUCCUCUUCUCAAACAAAUAAGCAGUCACUCCAGGUUGCCUUUGAGGAGAAGCUACAGGCUGUUACCGCUUAUAUGAUUGAUACAAACAUUCCCUCAAAUUUAUACAAUCGGGUGACCCACUUCUACAACUACAUCUGGACACGGACAAAAGGGAUACGAUCUGAAGUUUUGUUUCAGGAUAUUCCGCAUUGUAUGAAAACUGACAUUUUUUCAAGAAUAUGUAUUCAUCUUCUGAAGAAGCAACAGUUGUUUGCCCAUCUCUCAGAGACCUUUCUGCACCACCUAGUAUCUAAAAUGUACCUGAUAAGCUACACAGCUGGAGAGCAUAUUAAGACAAGGGGAGAUGUUGGUGUUGGGAUGUGGUUGAUCAUAUUUGGCAGUGUGAAACUGAAUAGAUAUGAAAACAAAGGGGACUACUAUAAAUCUGUCUCCACUGGAUCAAUUCUGGGACUACAUCUACUUUUUACACGGAAACUCUGUGGAUUCACCGCGGUGGCUGAAAACUAUGUAGACGUUUUCUAUUUGACUAAGGAUAGAUUUGAUGAAAUCUGUUCAUAUUACCCAAAGGUUACAAAAAGACUUUAUAAGAGAGCACAUAAUUAUGCGAGUAUACCUUUGUAAAAGUAUAACGCAAGAUAUAUUGUUCUAAUUUCAAAUAUUAAAGGUUGGUCAUUUAUAGUAUAAAUAAUGAAAGUUGAUUGAUGAUAUGUUAUAACUUGUAUUGUGCUUUGUUGAUUGCUGAUUUUACAUUAUAUUACAAACCUUGUUUGAAAUGUUAAGGCAAUAAACAGUCUUUACUGGGCUUUAAGU